AUGGCCGCAAAUUCAUUCAUCUACAUUGAAAUUCUUCUAGCAAUCAUCUACUUCCUCUACCUCAUCUGUAAAUUGCCAAUCUUCAGAAACAUUAUUCAUCUAUUUCUUAACAUUCAUCGUAUUCACGACUUAUGUGCUAAGGGCCUGAUUCCGGUGCUCGAUCACACGGCGAAACAGGGGAGCGUUCUUGAUCUGCAGGAUGUUUUCCAGAGAUUAACCUUUGAUACAACUUGUAAAAUGGUCACUGGAUAUGAUCCUGAAUGCCUUUCUCUUGAUUUCCCUCAUGUUCCAUUCUCAGAAGCCCUGGAUCAAGCCGAGGAAGCGAUUUUUUGGCGCCACAUUUUGCCUGAAUCCGCCCUGAAGUUUCAGAGAUGGCUUGGAUUUGGAACAGAGAAGAAGCUUAGCCAAGCUUGGAAAAUCCUUGAUCAAGUCAUAGGUAAGUACAUUUCAAUGAAGAAAGAGGAUCUGAAAAACGGGACGAAUUCGAUUAAGAAUGAUGAUUCUGAGGGAUCCGAUCUCCUGACCUCUUACAUUAAUCACAAUCAAGGUGAUGAGAAAACAGGAUUCAUGAAGAUCAAUAAUGAAGACAAGUUCUUGAGGGACACAAUUCUUAAUCUAAUGAUUGCUGGAAGAGAUACCACAAGUUCAGCAUUAACUUGGUUUAUUUGGCUUGUUACAAGUCAUCCUGUUGUGUUAAACAAAAUCAGGGAGGAAUUAACAUCAGCUGACGAGCUCAAGGCUGAUGAUGAAGAAGCUCAAAAGAAAUUCAGGCUUUUUAAAGUGUAUAAGGUUAUAGAUGCUGACAAAAAGAGGUCCAGUCAGGCAAAAGAUGAAGAGGAGUUAAACGAAAGUAGAUGA